AUGGAGGUUGCUAAUAACUUGAUUGGAAAAGUCGUGGAUUUGCUGUUCGGAGUAGUUAAACAGGAGAUUGACUACGUCUGGAAUUGCCCUGAAAAUAUUGAUAAGCUGAGGAAUGAAGCUCAAAAGCUCAAUGAUAUGAAGGGCAUGGUUCAACAGCGAAUCAAUGUAGCUAAAGAUAAAGGAGAUCGUCUCUUAGAUGGUGUGCAAAACUGGAUCGAAAAGGCCGAAGCUGAAGUCUCCAAUGCCGGGGAGUUUCUUGAAGGUGAAGCUAAUGCCAAGAAAACAUGCUUUAACACACGACUAUGUGUCAAUUUGGGCACCCUUCGUCAUUACAGUAAGAUGGCAACAUCAAAGACAAGUACUAUUCUACAGAUCCACGAAGAUGGCAAAACAUAUGAGAGUUGUGUCUCCAUUCCUGCUCCCACUCCAAAUAUCCUAGACCUAUACGAACGCAAGAAUCUUGAUGAUAUCGAUACACACAAGUUUACUUUGGGUGAAAUCAUUAAAGCUCUCUCAGAUGAAAGCAUACAAAUCGUUGGAAUCUUCGGCUCAGGAGGUGUUGGAAAAACAACAUUAGCCAAGGAAGUUGUUGCAGAAGUGAAGAAUCUAUUUGCAGAUAUUGUGUUUAUAACCGUCUCAAAAACUGUAGACGCUACAAAGAUUCAAGAAAAGGUGAAUAUAGCAGCAAAGCGAAUAAUCAAUGGGGACAAGGUUCUAAUCGUUUUAGAUGACAUAUGGGAGGAACUAUUACUCUCUGAUGUAGGCAUUCCGUGUGGGAAUAACCACAUGAACUGCAAGAUUUUGUUAACAUCAAGAAGCAGAAAUGUAUGUGAAGCAAUGAAUGUGCAACGUAAUAUCUGUGUAAACACUUUGACUGAAGACGAAUCGUGGAUCCUUUUUAAACGUGUGGUUGGUGAAAAAAUAGAGACAGACACUAGCUUGAAAAAAAUCGCAAAAGCUGUCGUUCAAGAAUGUGGUGGAUUGCCACUCAUCAUUCAAGCUGUGGGAAGAGCCUUGAGAAGCAAAUCCAGUCCAAUAUGGGAGGCGACACUGGAUCGGCUACAAAAACAUGCUCCUCUAGAUAUCGCUCCUGAGAUAAGGAAGGCGUUUACGCAUUUGAAGCUGAGUUAUGAGUAUCUUGAAAGUGAAGAAGCUAAAUCUUGCUUCUUACUAAGUAGUUUGUAUAGAGAAGAUGGAUCGAUUCGGGUUACAGAUUUGGUAAGCUAUGGGGUGGGUCUAGGGAUAUUUAAUAAUCUCGAUAGCAUUCAAGAUGCAAGAAAUAGAGUUCAAAUUGCAGUUGACACUCUCAAAUCAUCUUUCUUGUUAUUGCCAACGGAGUACAAAGAUCUUGUUGAAAUGCAUGACGUUGUUCGUGAUGUGGCGUUGUUAAUAGCUUCUAAAGGUAAAGAUAAUUUUUUGGUGAAUUCUGGAAAACGUUUGAGAGAAUGGAAGCCAACAAAGAAUACUUCUGAAAGCUACACGAAGAUCUCUCUCAUGUAUAAUAAAAUUUCUGAGCUUCCUGAUCAAGACCUUCAAUUCCCUCUUCUUGAUACCUUCAUUAUACGAGACAAUGAAAUUUCAUUUGUCAGUGAUGAAUUCUUUCGAGGAAUGAAAGAAGUUAAAGUUCUAGAUUUGUCUUAUAACAAUCUCUGCUUCCUCCCACAAUCAAUGAAGCUGCUCAAAAAACUCCGCAUGCUUGAUCUAACUGCGAACAAUGGCAUCAAUGAAAUUUCUCUACUUGGGGAGUUAAAAGACCUUGAGAUUCUAAUGCUUGGAUUUACUGGAAUUGAACAGAUUCCUGAAGAGAUUGGUCAAUUGACCAGUUUAAGGAUGCUGAAUCUUGAGUGGUGUGACUCUCUAUCAUGUAUAACACCUGGUGUCAUAUCAAGGCUCACUUGUUUGGAAGAGUUGUACAUUUUACACUGUGGUGGAGAUAUUGCUGAACUUAGUCUUGUGGAACUAAGUACUGCGGAAUUGGAAACAUUAUCAGGGUUUUAUAUUCAAAUUGGUGAUAGAUCAGAUUCUGUUUUUUCAAUACAGAAAUCUCAUAUACGACGCCUGCUGUAUAUUGCUCGUGUUGGGAACGUAUUUACUGAUUCAGUGAAGAAACUGGUUCAGACUAUGGAACAAGAUGCAAUGCAAAUCUUUGGUGAAAGGGAAACAAAGGAGAAGUUUUUCGCCCAAAUGGAAGAAAUCAUCUUGGUAGAUCUGCAAUGCUUGGAGCUUCUAUGGGAUUGCCCACAUCAAUAUAUAAGCUUUGGUAAUCUACAAAUAAUCAAAAUUAAAGGCUGCCCCUCCUUGGUAAGUCUAAUUCCAGUAGAUGUAGCACAAGGGCUUGUGAAUCUGAGUGAGAUAGAGAUUCAAGAUUGUGAUAAUCUUGUAGUAGUGAUUUCGGGAAGUGGUGAACAUAAAAAUGAUGGUGAAAUUGAGCAAACAGAAGGCACUGAAAUUGAUGCAGAGAUCGUGUUCUCUUGCCUUACCAGUAUUAGCUUGAGUGGUUUAUCUGGACUUGAGAGCUUCUACUCUGGUCAUUCUACUAUCAAAUAUCCUUCUUUGAAGUUUAUAAAGGUGGAAGGUUGUGUAAGCAUGACUAGAUGGGGUCAUGGAGUCCAUGUUAUACCUAACAUCAAAUUUCAUGAUCAAGGAAGAGAUUGUUCCAUCAAUGAUAUCAUCGCAAAUGAGGCCAGUGGAGAAAUAGAAUUUGGAAGUCUGAAAUGA